AAAAGAAAAAAAAAAGCAAAUUCCCUUUAAGUUUUCACGGCAAAUCCAACAACACCACCGCGGCACCACCCAUCAUCUCCCUCUCUCCUUUCUUCUACAAUAAGCUUGGAGCUUGGAGCUUGGAGCUUGGAGCUUGGAGCUUGUCUCUUACGACACCAUCUCACUUUGUUGACUAUCCUCCAAUUCCAUUUUCUUCACUCGACACAAUUUUCGCUCGCACUCCAUCGCUUUCGCUUUACUCUAAGCAGACAGCAGCACUGUCUAACAACACAACAUCUUCGUUCAAUUUCCAUGGCUGCACAGAACGAUGAGCAAAAAAUCCCUGCGUUAGAUGAUUGCUUGAAGCUACUCCAAGGAGAGAGAGAUGAACAACGUCUUGCUGGCCUUUUAUUGGUUACCAAAUGCUGUAACAACGACGAUCAUGACUCCAUUUUUAAGGUCUAUAAUGCUAUCGGUGUUCGAUUCCUCGACCGACUUCUGCGCACCGGUAUGGCUAAAGAAAAUGUAGCUGGUCGUGAAACUGAUGAUCGUGAAGCAUAUUUGCAUCUAGGCAUCACAAUUCUAGCAGCAUUCUGUCGUGUUCCAGCUAUAGCGGCAUCUGCGGAUAUGACAUCAAAUAUCCCUUUAGUCCUGGAAGUCAUGGAGAAAGAGUCAGCUUCUUCUUUUUUGGAGGACUGCUAUGAAAUUUUGUUAAUCACAGCAUUAAAGUCUGAAAGUGCAGUUGCCACAUUAUUUGAAUCUGGAGGCCUGAGAUUGCUAGCUACUCAAUUGCCUUCUCUACCAGAUGGCUCUCAGGUUUUGGAGCUUUCCUUGAGACUUUUCCAGCUUAUCAUAAGUAAAAUCUCAUUGGAUGCCAUUGUUAGCAGACAUUUGUCAGAGCUGUCAACUAUGGUUGUUUCCAUAGCUAGGCAGUUUGGAAUAUUGCAGAAUGCUCUGAAAUUUGACUUGCUCCAACUGAUUGGUGUUAUCUUUUCGUCGGAUCAUUCGGUUGCUUUAAAAGAUGCACUCCGAGCAAUGUCAAACAAUAAUUGGUCUACCUAUAUGCGUGCUGGUGUAAUGGAUAUAUUACAGAAUCGUGUUGCUCCAGAACAGAAGAUUCAGGCUCUAAUUGUGGCUGAGGCAAUGCUAUCUUUGCUGGGAGAAGGUUGGCUGAUUGGUCAGUUGGAUGUCCCAGACCUGCACAAGUCUUUUCCAUCAGACAGGUGCUGGCUACUUGUUCUGGAGUCAUCUAGGGUUGAGAUUGCUGUUUUGCUCAAUGAGCUGGCUUACUUUAGACAUGCAGUAGGUACAUCAAAGUCUGAGGCCUUCCCUCUAAAGAAUCGAAAUUUGGCCAUUGCGUUUUCGUUGGUAGAAAAUGUCAUCAAACUUAUCUCAAAUCAUAGUGAAGAUGAAGGGAGUAUCUUUAGUCAAGGUACAGUCACAAAGAUAAUUUGUGGGAUUAAUGAGACAGUUGAAGUAGUCCUUGAGUACCUAAAGGAAGCAAAGGAUACUGGACAAAGGAAGGGAAAUGAUCUUCUUGCUUCCAUACGACUGGUCGGAAGUUACCUGGCAGAGGCGCCCCUUGCUAGUGGUACGCUGGUCAAAGAACUUUUAGAAUAUAUGCUUUCAGUCGAAGGUGAAGACGAAUCAAGACCUUUCCUUUGUAGAUGCUUCUUGCUUCCGAUGCUCUGCCAAAGAACAAUGAGUAUUAAAGAAGUUCAGUUUCUGGCUUCUUCUGGAGCUUAUAAAGCUGUCAUGGAGUGUCUUGUACAACUAGUCAGUAAAGAACCCGAUAUCGUUCAGGAUAACGAGACAGUGUUAUUAGCUUGUGAUACAGUGUUAAACUUCUUGUUGAAGAAGGAGCACAUCGAAGUUCAGCUGGAUGAAUCUGUGUUUCUCCAUGUCUUGAAGGCAUUGGCCUACUGGACAGCACGAACGAGUGAUUCAACUGUGAUCAUGAUGGCAUCAAGCAUUUGUUCACUUAUAUUUGACAAUACUUCACAGAAGGCCCUGCUGAGAUGUCCAGAGAUUGAUAUAGGCACUAUCUCUAGAUUAUCUCUUCUCAUUGCAAGAAGCUUGACUAUAGGAACACAGAAAACGUACCACAAUGCCAAUUCAGAUGAGGAUCUUCAUCAGAUUAUAGCUGCAGGUUUUAGCCGGUGGGCCAACCGAUUUCCCGCUGUCAGAGAUGUAGUCGUGUGAAUUGGUGUUAUCAUGUUUAUCUUAAGCUCCCAACUUCUAGGUGUUUCUGCCGUGGCCUCUAAUCACCGAGCUAUUAAAGCUUCUGUGGAUACACCUCCGUAUUGUAAAUCAUGUACAUUUGCUGGGAAGUUGACCCGCUUCAAUUUUGUAGAGAAAAGUUGACCUUAGUCUUUAGGGCUAUUUCAAUAUGGCUGUCACUUUUCAAUCUUUGGCUGUAGGAUUUCAAAUCUUAUGAAAUAGCUUCAGGACUCAGGAGGUUGUUUGAACAUUUUUUCUUUUUUUAAGUCUAAGGAACACAUGUUGAGGGGAGAAAAGGAAGAGACUGUUAUUACAUUGGAUUUGGUUGCAUUCUGAAUUUCAUUUAAUAUACUCAUCAUUGCAAGGUGUAAAUUCGAUAAA